UGAUGCUACACACAGACUUCCUUUUUUUUACUUCUCUUGUCUUUUAUUUCUUUUUUGGAAUCUUUACUCAUGUCUUUCUAGUUUUGCUAGACAACUUGCCCCUUAUCCUGGCUAUUUUGCCAGCUCGAUUUUGCCGGCCCAGCCGGCCCCACAUCUUCACCAGUGAUUUUCUUCAAGGCCGCAAUUGGCAACAUGCGCCCUAAUGGCCUACAGAAAGCCAUAAUUCUCGCCCUCAGCGCGCUGCUGUUCCUGUACUCGUUAUAUUUAUACUGGAGGACAGACGCGGAACGCAUCGGACCAGUUGAACUAUCCCCACUAAAAGAGAGGCAAACGCUUCUUUGGAGACAGCUGCACUCACUGUUGGAGGGCCAUGCGCCAAAAUGCCCUUCCCCUGAGCGGCAAGACAGCUCCGGGGCGAUCGGCUUUAAUGCACUAGAAGGCGCGACUCGGCCCGACCUCAUUAUCAACGCCGACCAUAUCGAGCAACCAAUGCAAGAGGCGCAUGAUGCAUUCGUGUAUGCAAUCAAAAACUCGAACUUGAAUAGAGCGUAUAGCCGAGGGACUAGUGGGAUCGUGUCCAGCGCGGGAAAGUCCUAUCUCCCGCUAUUCGUGACCUCAUUGCGAAUGCUUCGCCGAACAGGCUCAACUCUACCGGUGGAGCUCUUCGUCAAAGAUGCCUCAGAGUAUGAGAUUAAGAUCUGCGAAGACAUUCUUCCGGAAUAUAACGCCAAAUGCAUAAUUCUUUCCGAUAUCCUCGCCGGCCAAGGAAAAUCUAUGGUGGAGAUCGCCCACUACCAAAUAAAAAUCUUCGCCGUGCUAUUCUCUUCCUUCGAAAAUGUCAUCUGGAUGGACUCGGAUGGCUUCCCGCUAUAUAAACCCGAAACGCUGCUACAGGCUGAGCCGUUUACUGCGACCGGGCUCGUUACAUGGCCGGACUUCUGGGCCUCAACUGCAUCUCCUCUAUACUACAAUAUAUCCCGACAGCCUGUUCCGCCGAUGACGGAACGGGCGUCCUCCGAAACAGGAGUAUUUCUCAUAUCAAAGAACACCCACUUCUUGACCAUGCUGCUGGCAGCAUAUUACAACUAUUACGGCCCAUCCCAUUACUUUAUGCUCCUCUCGCAAGGCGGCCCCGGAGAAGGCGACAAGGAGACAUUCAUCCAAGCCGCGGCUGCCAUCAGCGAGCCGUUCUACACCGUCAGUGAGAGGGUCUCUGCUAUCGGUCAUGAGAAGCCGGAAGGGGGUAUAUCGGGGUCUGCGAUGGUGCAGGCUGAUCCGAUCGAGGACUACCGAUUGACUAGUGAGGGGAAAUGGCGCGUGAAGAAUCAGUCCGUUGCGAAGGCCCCUCGGGUGUUCUUUGUCCAUGCGCAUUAUCCUAAGUUUAACCCGGCGGAAAACCUUUUUGGGAAUGAGUGGGAGACUGCUCCGACGUUGAAGCAGGAUGGAAGUCUUGGGAGGGCUUGGGUUGUGCCGGAGGAAACACUGCGACGGUUUGGGUAUGAUGCGGAGAAGGGUUAUUGGGAGGAGAUUAAGUGGGUCAGCUGUAGUUUGGAGCAUGUGUUUGAAUCCUGGAAGGGGAAGUCUGGUAUUUGUCAUCGUGUCGAGGAAUAUUGGCGUAAUGUGUUUGAUAAUCCUGAAGAAGAUGUUCCUACCUUUAGUGAUUGA